AUGGGCCAGCUGACCAGUUUUCCUAAAAUGAUGGCCAAAGGCGAUCGGCUUCCACCUUUCAUUAAGUCUCCCUGCCAUUUAAAUGAGGAACUGGCUCCUGGAUGUGCAGCUCGCGGAUGCCAUCAAUGCCUUCCCAAGAAUCUCGCUAUCUGUGCAGGUUUAGUAGAGAUGUUUCAGACACAUAGCAAGGCGAAUAAAUCGUAUAUCUGGGAUAUGAUAUAUAUGGAGGCAAGAAGGCUCCGGAAAGAGGCCUAUCACGGAGACGCUCAGGGAAAGCUUGAAGCCAUUCAAUGUCUCACAGUAUUUCUUCUUCUGCAGGCAGAUGAUCCUGAAACAGUCGAGACAAACGAUGUAGCCUAUUUACUCGCGACUUCAGUGAACAUUUUACGCAGCCUGUUGCCACAUUCAAACUGGAAUUAUGAAUCAUCAAAAUUACGGCCAAGUCAGGACGAAUGGGUUUUCCGGGAAUCCAUCAGAAGGGUUAUGGCCGUUUAUGUGGUCAUAGAUCUUUUUCUCGACGGGAUUGGCGGCCUUGGAAACGAUGAACCGUAUAACUGCGGCACCCUAAGUUUGCUACCCCUUCCAUGCGUGCGGGAUAUUUGGGAAGCACCUACUAUUAGCGGGUGGAUAAGAGAAUACGAUCGGUAUCUCUCAACCAAGGAAGGUGACGCUAUGCUUAUCACGCAGACCCUAAUGGAAACGAGGCUCGUGGCACCUUUUGUGAGCGCCGAAAAUGGUGACCCAAGCAACGAUAUCAUGCAGUGGUGCAGGGGUAUGGACGGGUUGAGCACAAUAAUCUGGAUGAUUAUCCCUUUGCACAAGUACCGUCUUCGAGAGGAUGUGCGGGACAUCUGGUAG